GUUUAGUUACCUCAAUUAUGUCGAAGCAACUACUGAGCAAAGUGCGCCAAUCGGCAAGCUUAAUUCUUUUCGCUAAAAGUAAAGGCGAGGCCGUAACAAGCUACGACUACAAUGUUCUGCUCUUUACCCGCACCUCAAAAUCCAGCUUUAUGCCCGAUUCUUCAGUUUUCCCAGGGGGCGUUUGUGACGCGGCUGAUAGCGCACCUUCUUGGUUAGCCCAUUUUGAACGUUAUGAUGUAAGUGCUCGGAAAUUGCGUGAUUUUUUAAGCAGGAAGGCCGGAGGACCAGCUUCUAAUGGGAUAGACUCCAUAGAUACUGCACUAUCCCUUCGGCUGACUGCCAUACGUGAAACGUUUGAAGAAAUGGGAAUUCUCUUAUGCAGGGACCUUAAAACAUUUUCUAACACAAGUGGCUAUGGACAGUUCCAUGAGCAAUUCGAUGUUACUCAUUGGCAAAAGGAGGUGCACAAUGAUGCAAACAAGUUUCUCACACUCUGCAAGGAAUUGGAGGUGAUACCAGAUAUUUGGUCGCUACAUGAUUGGUCCGCUUGGCGAACGCCCUCAACAUUUACGAAACGCUUUCAAACAGCUUUCUUUUUAACUGCGCUUGAGGCAAAACCCAGCUUGCAUGUCGAACCCAUCGAGGUUAAAGACUAUGCGUGGCGUUCACCAUUGGAAUAUCUCCAGCGAGCGCUGGCUAAGCAGCUUUGGCUGCCACCACCACAGUUCUAUGAGCUCUCUCGUUGUCUCAACUUUAAAACGCUGGAAACGUUGCGGGAAUUUGCGGAGAAACGUGCUGACAAAGGUGUGGUGCUUUUUCAUCCGGUUUUAUUUAAAUGUAGCGAUGGGUGGGUUCAGCUGCUGCCUGGAGACGAAAUGUAUCCCGCCAAUCCAGAUGCUUCUAGUGAAAAAAUUGAGACUGGCUUGAGUAUUGCCGAAUUUCGAGCUCAAGUGCAGGAAUACAAGCCGCUACAUCGCACCGAGCACAAAAACCAACAUGAAAGCCAAUUGUUAAUUAAUUUCGAGCCGGCUGAUGGACAAGUGCAACCAAUUGAUGCACGUAAGUUACUUUAAGUUAAACAUUUGUUUGAUUUAAAAUAUUAUUGGAUCAUAAAAAAGCAAUAGAAGAUGCACAAUUAUUUACAUAUUUAAGUAACUCCAA